CAACAACAGCAUAUGCACGAGACGCAUCGGGGCGGUGGUUCGAAGAAUACCACCGCGCCCACCCCGGACGAUCUCAGGCUCGAGGCUAUCAAGCAUCAAAUACUCACGAAACUCGGCAUGAGGAAACGACCGGACGUGAACAGAACCCUCGCCGCGGUACCUAGGCAUUUGGCUCUCGAGACUCUGUACAGAGCCGAGGGCCAGUUUCCCGAUUACUCGUCCUCGGCCAAUUCGAGAACCGAUCGCGGCGAGGACGCGUACUCGGCGGAAUUCAUCUACGACGGCGACNGCUACACCUACAGAAACGUCGACCAACAGGCCGAGAACUCGGCGAACGGGAAUGCCGCAAGAAUCGGCACCUCCUAUCGAGGCUACGGUGAUCACGAGGGUCAAGAGACGGAAGAAGAGAUGGAUGAUUUCUACGCGAGAACCUCGGAGAUCAUCACGUUCGCCGAACCCGGACGUACGCUGAACGGGCAACCGUUGCUGGACUUUCCAACGUCCAGCGGAGAACCCGCGUUGGAACCUCUGAGGAUCAAGAGGGCAACACUUUGGGCAAGAGUGGAAUACAGGCACGCCCAUCAUUAUCAGCAUCAUCGUCAUGGACAAACGAACCAAAGGAACAUCACGCUGUGGGUAUUCAGGGUGCGAUGCGGCAACACGACGCACUUGCGCGGAAAGGAGCUCGGCCAACACCUGGAAAUGGUUACGUCCCUUGGGGUGAACGUCGGACAACUGGGGUGGCUCAAGUUCGACGUGACCAACGUUGUGAACGGUUGGUACACGACGAACCGGGAUACUGCCAGGGACAAGUUGACGUUGUUGGUCGAUUGUACCGGGUGUGGAUCCCACGUUUACGUAUCGACCUUCGACGGACAUUCUCCGCACGUGAUCGAGUCGUCCUUAGACGAGAAAGCUACGCAAGAUCCAGACAAGCCCUACCUAGUCGUUCGCCCGGAUCCAGCGGCUGUGAAACGAGUUAGAAGACGGGCGAUCGAGUGCAGCGGUGCUAUAAAGGGCCAGUGCUGCAAGCAAAGGUUCUACGUAAAUUUUUCUCAACUCGGUUGGGACGACUGGAUAAUCGCUCCUCAAGGGUACUACGCAAAUUACUGCAGGGGAGAUUGCGCGGCCGGGCACAGAACACCGGACACGUUCCUCAAUUACUACACCCACGUGAUCGAGGAAUACCGGAAGAUGGAUCGACUGGCCGGUAUGCAGCCUUGCUGCGCUCCUCUCAAGUUCUCGCCAAUGUCCUUGAUCUACUACGGUCCUGACUCGAAUAUCAUCAAGAGGGAUCUACCGAAGAUGGUGGUGGACGAAUGCGGCUGUCCUUAA